AUGUCUUCGUGCAACAAUACGAACGGAGAAGACGUUUCCAGGAACUUCGGAUGCAACAUCUGUCUCGAAUUGGCGAGAGAACCAAUCGUGACUCAAUGUGGUCAUUUGUUCUGUUGGCCUUGUCUCUACAAGUGGAUCCACUUCCAUUCCGAAUCCAACAACUGUCCUGUUUGUAAAGCUCUGGUCAAGGAAGAUAGUUUGGUUCCUUUGUAUGGAAUUGGCACGUCAUCUUCUGACCCGAGAUCGAAGCCUAUCAAAGGUGAUUCAAUCCCUAAUCGACCAUCUGCUCCUAGGCUUGAAACAGCUCGUCCUCGCCUUGGACGAAGACAACAUGGUUCUAGCAACUUUGGUACGUAUUCAGGAUUUGCUUCGAUCCCAAGUGGUACACGGUUUGGGAACUUCUUGUUGUAG